AUGGCAAUACUAAACUACCCAAGCCCGCUAGAGGUAUUAAAAUGGAUUGUCAUCAUCCUCGUACUGGGUCUCGCCAUCUACAUUGUCCAAAAUGAAGUUGAUCGCUAUCGAAAGCGUAUAAGAAAUCUCCCCGGUCCCAUUGGCUACCCUGUCGUAGGCAAUCUGUUCCAGCUUCGCGACAAAGUCACUGCUCAGCAUUAUCAAACCUGGGCAAAGACAUAUGGCGACGUCUUCCAGGUGCAACUAGGCAAUACCACUGCGGUGGUGAUCAACAGCUCCAAAGCCGCAAAAGCUCUCUUUCUAGGCCAAAGCCACGCCCUAAACUCGCGGCCGACCUUCUACAUCUUCCAUGGAAAACUAUCCAAGGCCGGAAAGUCGGUUACGAGUAUUGGCACUAGCCCCUGGGAUGACAGUUGCAAGCAGAGGAGAAAAGCUGCUGCGGGGGCUUUGAUAAAGUCCAAGGUUGAGAGCUAUGCUCAGAUCCUGAACCUUGAGUCUCGCGAGUUUCUUAAAGAUAUUCUUGCGGAGUGUCAGAAUGGCGAGGUCGAUCUAGACUUCCGUCCCGCCGUGAGACGCUUCUCGCUGAAUUUAAGUCUAACGCUAAAUUAUGGAACACGGGUCGCAAGCGUAAAGUCCCUUGACGACGACCCCCUACUUCGUGAGAUUAUCUACGUUGAGGCAAAGAUCUCCGCUUUCCGCGACACGUCGAAGAACUACGCGAACUACAUUCCUCUACUGCGCUAUUGGGAGCCAUUCGCAUCAUUGUUUGGACUAAACAAGAACCCAAAUGAAGCAGCGGAUAUUGGACGUCGACGUCUUGCGUACAACAACGUUCUCCUAGAGAAACUAGGCCAACAAGUAAAAGAAGGACGCGAUAAGCCAUGCAUCCAAGGUGCCGUUUUGCGAGACCCGGAUGCCGCAAAUUUGACGAGAGAAGAACUGAUCAGUGUUAGCCUGAGCAUGAUGGCCGGCGCUGACUCCAACAUACCCACCCUCGGCUGGGCAAUCCUCUUCUUAGCUCACUCCCCGGAUAUCCAAGAAAUUGCAUACACAGCCAUCCGGGACGCCGGCGUCCUCGAGCUCCCAUCCACCUCCUACGCCUCUACUAAGGUUCCCUACAUGGGCGCCUUCACCAAGGAGAUAUCCCGCUACUUCGUCGUCCUGAAACUCGGCAUCCCGCGUGCAACCUACACAGACGCGACAUGGGGCGCUGCCACCAUCCCUGCCAACACGCUCGUGUUCUUGAACAGUUGGGCCUGCAACAGAGACCCCGAACACUUCCCAGACCCUCACACGUUCAAUCCCUUGCGCUGGAUUCCAAGCGAAGAUGGCUCCACGCCGCAUGCGCACCAAUUUGCUUUCGGGAUUGGGGGAAGGAUGUGUGUAGCGCAGCAUCUGGCGCAUAAUGCGCUCUAUACUGUUUUCUUGCACUUGAUUGCGCAUUUCAGGAUUUUGCCGGCUGCUGGAGAGAGCAGGGAUGAGAUACAUCCCCUUGAAGGGUUGAAGGGGAAGGCGACGUUUGUUGGGACGCCUAGGGGGUCGAGAGUGAAAUUUAUACCAAGACAACCCGAGGAGCUGGUCGAAUGGCUGGGAUGAAGUCAACGGAAUACCUGGAAUGAGAAUGAUUAGGUAGAAUAGGUGAAGGAAUGAUUACCAUGGGCUGAGGUUUGGUGAGCAGGACGUGAGAGAACUAAGUCAAGGAAGUAUAAAGAAUGAGUUAACGACGCUUCGUUCGGGAUUCCCUUUCAAACCACCAUUCAGGACCAAAAUCCUAGCCAUUCGUAUUCG